GUAGAAAACGGGGAUAUUUUGUUAAGUAACGCUGCUUACAUACCUUGUGGACCGCACCAGCAGCAACUAGCUUAAUAAGCUAACACUCGGACCUAAGCUAAGUGAGUGUGUAGUUAGUUUAACAGACAUGGAUGUGUGAAGAUAAGCGAUUCUACAGUUUCGGAUGGGAAACGCCCACUGAUGUAUGGACAUAAAGACCCACCACGGAGGCAGCAGCAGUCAAAGGGGCUUGAAAGAGGACCAACUUCCCAAACAAGGUCCGUAUUAGACACGAUGGGGGCUACGGUGGGACCGGUUCUACACUGGCUCCAAGAUGUGGCAGCUGUUACUCUCCUCAAAGCCCGGCGGACCAUAUUUCAGGCUGCCAUCCUGCUUUGUGUCCUGGUUCUGCUACUUUGGGUGUCCAUCUUUCUCUACGGAAGCUUCUAUUACUCCUACAUGCCCACUGUGAGCUUCUCCACCCCUGUGCACUUCUACUACAGCACUGAUUGUGAUGCCUCAGAGUCCACACUUUGUUCAUUCCCCUUGGCCAACAUCUCUUUCAUGAAGAACGAGAGAGACCAAGUGAUGGCUUACGGUCAGCCUUAUCGAGUGUCUUUAGAGUUGGAGAUGCCCGAGUCUCCAGUGAAUGAACACCUGGGUAUGUUCAUGGUCAAGAUGUCUUGUUACACCAAGGGUGGGAAGACUGUCUCAUCAGUGGGCCGAUCUACAAUGCUGCAUUACCGCUCCAGCCUUCUGCAGAGCAUGGGCACUUUACUGUUCUCUCCUUUCCUUCUGACUGGCAUGUCUGAGCAGAAGCAGCUUAUAGAAGUUGAGCUCUUCUCAGACUACAAGACAAAUGCUUAUCAACCCUCUGUUGGUGCAGUCAUUGAGAUCCAGUCCAGACGAGUGCAGAUCUACUCAUCUCAACUCCGUAUCCAUGCUUACUUCACUGGUAUACGGUAUGUUCUGUACAACUUCCCCCUGACAUCUGCAGUGAUCGGCGUGGCUACCAACUUUGCCUUCCUUAGUGUCAUUGUGCUGUUCAGCUACCUGCAGUUCAUUUGGGGUGGGAUCUGGCCUCCAGACCAAGUCAGGGUCAGGGUUAUGAUGGGAGACAACACCCGCAUCCAGAAGCGGAGAGAGGAGGCUCGCAGGCGCAUGGACAAGGACAAUUCUCGGAAGGAACUUUGUGAUCCUCAAGUGAUUGGUUCUGUGAAUGAGGAAUCUGAUUUCCAAGGAAAUGACACGGUGGGGGAGCCAUCGUCAAAGAAGCCCUCAGAAAUCCCUGUUGCCUCUGGGUCUGAUGAGCCAGAUACCAAGGAGGAAAGGUCAGAGCAAGAGUCUCAUGACUCGGAAGUGCCUCAGGAGAAAGACGGCUCAGACAUGUUGGAGGAAUGCAAGCCGCCUCAACCCGGUGAGGCGACACUCCGGCAGAGACCUGGACCGUGGAUGAGCCUGUGAACCACGCCGCUGCACACAAUUAAAGUACCUGUAUGCUCAAUGUCCCAUCACUCUUCAGCAGAUUGAACAUGAUUUGGCAGAUUUUCAGCAGAUUCUAGCAAACCCACUGUUUGAGUCGGCCUAAAUACAGAUGCAUGAGGAUUUAAUACCUGUGUUGUUUUAGCUAACAAACUACUGCUUAUUGUCUUGUGUUGAGAGCACUUUACCUCAUUGUAACUUUAACCCCUUCUCAUUUCUUUCGGCUUAUUGUCUACAGCACUUAUACUGUCUUGUGUUUUGCCAUCUUAGCUUUGGUGAUGCCCAUAGCAGAAGAUACCACAUGCCAUAGUCUAGCAGUAUUGCCUAGAGGAAUUUGGCGUUACCAUUAAGUUGUUAGCCAGCAAUUUGUUUUUAAUACAACCUUUUUAAAGUCCGUUGAACCUGCCCAUGUUUCACUGCUUCGAUGUCUGUACGGUGACAUUUUCUCACAUCCCGGCCAACCUACAAUAGCUGGAUGCACGAUAAUACAAGUAGACAGUGACUCUCUUGAUCACCAGGUCAAACAUCAGUACACAUGAUUCUAAUGAGGUUAGAUUUGGAAAAGGACUAUUAUAUACUAUUAAAACAUGUGUCCAGCCUGAGGGACAUAAGGAAUAUAUUGCACAUAUAUUAUACAUGUUCCUUUAGCGUAGAGAAGCAUUCUGUCUCAGUUAAAUGAGUGAUUUCACAGCCGUGGCGUAUUUAGUGAAAGCGUCAACUCUUUUACAAAGUUGGUGUUCAUUCCAUCAUUCCUUUGUAUUCAGUAUCUGUUACAGUGCAGUUUAAACUGCAAUUUAAUGUUGGGGAAAUGGUAUUUAUUUUGUUUUCAUUACAAAAAGAAAACUCCAAGACAUUUUUGAUGGCUCUUUUAAGUAAUAUAAGUCUGUUAAUUAACCAUGUUUGUAUUUAACAUUAAGGAACAGUUCAAGAAGGAUAUGGGAAGUUUCUGUUUUGAAAUACUGUUUGUUAGAGCUAUUAACGUGAAUGUGAUGCAGGAAUUGUUGGAAUAUAGCUCAGCCUCCAUGUAUUUUACCGACACUUCAGGGGAGUUUAUGGUUUAAGCAAGUUUAUUUAAGAGUUUGUGCAAGUUGUGUACCAAAGACAUAUUGUUAAAGAUGAUUUACUCAGAAUAAGUCAUCUUGGAUUCUGUACUGGAAAAUAUCCUUGAAAAUGCCCCUGCAGUUGUAUGUGUUGAAAAAAUAAAAAAAAACAUACAGCA